CUGUACCGCUGCGUUGUUCAGAUUUUGGUCCUCGCUCGGCCGCCGUAUUGUAAACGCGUCUGAUUGGUCCGUGCCAAAUACAAUCGUUUGGAGAACGUCCACCGGAUCACGGUCAAGAUGAGUCUGAGAAAGCAGACCCCCAGUGACUUUUUGAAGCAGAUAAUUGGGAGACCUGUGGUCGUCAAACUGAACUCUGGUGUCGAUUACAGAGGUGUCCUGGCCUGCCUGGAUGGUUACAUGAACAUUGCCAUAGAGCAGACAGAGGAGUAUGUCAACGGGCAGCUCAAGAACAAGUAUGGAGAUGCUUUUCUAAGAGGAAACAAUGUUCUGUACAUCAGCACCCAGAAGCGGAAAGUGUAGUGAAGAUCAUUUUGUGUUUUCAUCUUUAAUUUCCAGUAUUUGAUGCAUCAGUGGACUAUUGUCCUAUGGUCCUAUGUUUUUGUUUCUGUAAAAUCUGAAGCCUGAAAAAAAUGUUUGUUUUUGUAAAAGUGGAGUAAGUUAAUAAAUCCUGAGUUUUGA